AUGUCGGCUCAAGCGGUAACCACUAUCGACAUCCAGGGCAAGUUACCCAAGAUUGCCUCUGGAAAAGUGCGCGAUCUAUACGCGAUUGACGAUGACACACUACUAUUCGUUGCGAGCGACCGUAUAUCAGCGUAUGACGUGAUUAUGGAGAAUGGUAUCCCCGGAAAAGGCGCCCUCCUAACCGCCAUGUCAAUAUACUGGUUCAAUUACCUACCCACCAAAGUCCCCGGUCUAAAAACCCAUUUCCUCUCCUCAGAACUCCCUUCCGCAAUCCAGGACCAAAUCUCGCUCAAGGACCGCAGCAUGCAAGUCCGACGUCUGCGUAUCCUCCCCAUCGAGUCCAUAGUCCGCGGCUACAUCACCGGAUCAGGCUGGUCCGAAUACACCAAAUCGGGCACCGUCAACGGCAUCAAACUCCCGUCCGGACUUGUCGAAGGCCAGAAGCUACCGGAACCACUCUGGACACCGAGUACCAAGGCGGAAGUAGGUGGCAAAGACGAGAACAUCAGCCCCGAGAAAGCGCGAGACAUGAUUGGCGAUGCGAAGAUUGCGCAGCGUGUUGAGGAACUGUCACUUGCUAUCUACAGCGCUGCUGCAGACCGCGCAGAGGAGGUUGGUAUCGUUCUCGCGGACACGAAGUUUGAGUUUGGCGUUGAUGAGAUGGGUGAGGUGGUGCUUGUUGAUGAGGUGCUCACGCCGGAUAGCUCACGCUUCUGGCCUAAGGAGUCGUGGGAGAAGAAUCUGGGCAAGGCGCAGCCGAGUUACGACAAGCAGUUUUUGAGGGAUUGGCUCACGGGUGAGGGGCUGAAGGGGAAGGAGGGGGUUGCGGUGCCGCAGGAUAUUGUGGAGAAGACGGCGGCGAAGUAUAAGGAGGCUUGUGAGAAGCUUACAGGGAAGAGUGCGUGA